AACAACAACUGAUUCUAGCGCCUCCUUAUUGAUUACCCACAUGUCAAAAUUUAACUUAACCUGUUGGGCUGAAUAAUUUCACUGAAUUAUCAAAUAUAAUAUAAAAUAUAUACAAAACCUGUCAUGGACGACAGUAACAAUGAACAAUCUGUUGCACCCUGCAACGAAAUAAUUGACGAUAUUGAAGACCUUAUUUCAUCCCAAGACAUCACGCCUAAAGAGCGCUACGCUAGCCGUAAAAACGUGAAAGUAAAAGCCAAAAAGCGAGAUGUUAACAAUGACCAAGCACCAGUUUCAGUUGGAGAAAACAUACCAGGCACCCAAAGAAUCUAUGUCAAAACGUGGGGAUGCGCCCACAACAGUUCAGAUUCUGAAUACAUGGCAGGACAACUGGCUGCAUAUGGCUAUCAACUGACUGAUGACAAAACAAAAGCAGACCUGUGGCUUUUGAACAGCUGUACUGUUAAGAAUCCAUCUGAAGACCAUUUCAGAAAUGAAAUUGAAGCAGCCAAAAAACAGGCCAAGCAUGUUGUAUUGGCUGGUUGUGUGCCACAGGGUGCACCCAAGUCCAAUUUUGUCCAAGGACUCAGUAUAAUUGGAGUCCAGCAAAUUGACAGGGUUGUUGAAGUUGUAGAGGAAACGUUGAAAGGUAAUACUGUAAAGUUACUUGGCACAAAAAAAGAAAACGGAAAGAAAAUUGGUGGGGCAUCAUUAUUGUUACCCAAAGUUAGGAGAAAUCCUUUGAUUGAAAUAAUUGCCAUUAACACAGGAUGUUUGAAUCAGUGCACAUAUUGUAAGACAAAGCAUGCAAGAGGAGAUUUGGGCAGUUAUCCUCCAGAGGAAAUUGUAGCUAGGGCCAAACAAGCAUUCCAGGAAGGUGUUGUUGAAAUUUGGCUUACUUCAGAGGACACUGGCACUUAUGGCAGAGACAUUGGAACUUCUCUACCUGAACUGCUUUGGCAAUUGGUUGAUAUUAUACCGAAGGGGUGCAGAUUAAGGUUGGGCAUGACUAAUCCACCUUACAUUCUGGAGCACUUGGAAGAAAUCGCCAAAAUUAUGUCUCAUCCAAGAGUUUAUGGAUUUCUCCAUGUACCAGUACAAUCUGGUAGUGACCAAGUAUUAGGAGACAUGAAGAGGGAAUAUUGUAGGAAGGAUUUUGAACAUGUUGUGGACUUUCUUCAGAAACAUGUCCCUGGAAUGACAAUUGCGACAGAUAUCAUUUGUGGAUUCCCAACUGAAACUGAGGCUGAUUUUGAAGAAACAAUGUCACUAUGUGCAAAAUACAAAUUCCCAAGCUUGUUUAUCAAUCAGUAUUUUCCAAGGCCUGGUACUCCUGCAGCUAGGCUCCCCAGAAUACCCGCCAAUGAAGUUAAACAGAGAACCAAAAAACUUACAGAUCUGUUUUAUACAUAUAAGCCCUACACUCACAAACUUGGUGAAAUUCAAGAAGUAUUGGUGACAGAAGUGUCACAUGACAAGAAACAUUAUGUGGGACACAACGAAUUUUAUGAACAGGUCUUGGUACCUAUGAAUGAUAAAUACAUGGGCAAGCUGGUAAAAGUUAAGAUUACAGAAACUAGCAAGUUUUCUAUGAUUGGACAACCCUUGGAUGAAAUUAGUAUGCCAGGUCUAGCUAGACCAUUGGAAAAAGGGGAAAUAUCUGGAGUUGUUGAAGAAAAGUGCGACUACAUAUUAAUUGCAGCUCUGGUGCUUUUAUUCAUAUCAAUUAUGUUAAAAUUUUUAUUAAAAUUUAUUUAUUAAAUUUUAUCAACAUCAACAACAUAUAUUUGAAUAUAUUUAAGAUCAAAAUGAAUGUAUACUUGA